AAGAGAGGCUGCCAAGAGGUGCAAGCAGCAGCCCGGACGCGUGGGAUAGUGUUGGCAGACAGCAGACACCAUGCCGCCCGCCGCUGCAAAGAAGUCUAAAAAGUCCCAGGAGGGCAUCAACACAAGGCUCGCCCUUGUGAUGAAGAGUGGGAAAUUCACACUGGGCACAAAGACUUGCCUAAAGUGCUUGAGAUCAGGCAAAGCCAAGCUGAUCAUCAUCAGCAACAACACACCCCCGAUCAAGAAGUCUGAGAUCGAGUACUACGCCAUGCUCUCAAAGACUGGCGUGCACCACUACACUGGAAACAAUGUGGAGCUUGGUACAGCCUGCGGAAAGUUGCAUCGUGUCUCAGUGCUUGCCAUCACAGAUGCAGGUGACUCUGACAUCAUCAAGGCGACCCCCAACGAGUAAAUGCAGCCUCAAUAUGCGUUACCAGAUGCACAGCGGGUCUUUUUUGGCGUGUUGUUGUCAGAUCAGACAGCAAGCCUUGGCUCGGCUGGAGAGCAGAUGGUAAGGCUCAGCCAAGUAGAGGUCAUGCGACUGAGCCAUUGGGAGCCAUGCUGUUGCGGAUGGGAUCAUUGUUUCUUUAGUUCUAUUGGGACACCUCUGCUGAGCAUGGCAUCUGAAGCCCUUACCUACAAGUGACUGCUGUAACAAUAGGAGAUUUGGCCCAUU